AUGUUGAGAGCGGUAUCGCGGGUGACUCCCCGUAAUACUAGGCGUUUUGCACCAUGUGUUCUCAAUGGCCCAAACUCCUUUCAACACAAGCACCCCGGUCUCCCAGCAUCCAGACCGUUCCUCUCGUUCCUUCUGGGCUCGCUGAUGUCGCCAGUGGACGCGAUCAAGAACCUCAGGGACACGAAAACCCUCCUUGAACAAACCAAGGACGAAUUGCUCGACACUUAUGAGCAGACACAGAUCCCCAGAGUGCACACGUUCUCUCCACCUCCAGGAUACUUUCCGCGUAAGAACGAGAUGGCGACCCUUCAAAGAGCUCUGUCUACCGACCCAGCUUUUGUUUGCAUGUUUGGUGGAAGUUCAGUGGGAAAGACAGCUCUGUUGAGAAAGGUUCUUAGCGGACAAACGUCGCCAGAUCAGAACAUGAUCAUGGGUGGCUGGGGAGUAGGAAACACUGUGGGGGGACCCAGCAUGUCUGAACAUGAACAACACAAGUUUGUGGUGAUCCAUUUUGAUUUACGAAUUGCUGGCUUUAGUGACCGAGUCGGACUGUACAUUCGAUUAGCUGCUGCAAUGGAAGGCUUCUUCCAGGAAGUAGUAGACGAGUACCAGCGAGAUGGAGUGGGAGAGGAAGCCAAGAAGGAGUAUGAAAAAUACUUCAAGGGUCACAUUCUUACAUUCAAACACGCCAGAAAGGAUAUGGAGCAGAAGUUGGAAGACGCUUUCAAGAGCGCUUCGGGUAGAACGCGUGAAGAGGCUUGCUUGUCUGGAGAUAUUGCCAAGUUGAUGGAGAUGUUCCAGUCCUCAAUGUUAUCAUACUGGGAGUUUGACCCUCACAAGAUUCUCAAGGAGCGGGAGAAGAUUCAGGAUAAGGCUAUGCAGCAGGUGAAGGAUAACGGCGGGAAGCUUGCUCUCAAGAUGUUGGACCAAGAUGAGUUGCUGAGAAAGACCAAGGAUGAAAUAGCUCGUCGUUCAGGACUCACAAUGGGUUCCAAGCGAGUGCCUGUGUUCAUUUUCGACGAGGCUCAUCGGCUUCCCACCCUUAUUGACGACGAAGACUGUCUCAAGACCCUGUUAGACUCUUUUCUUGUUCUCACAAAGCAAGAUCGACUGUGUCAUGUUAUCCAGUGCACGUCUGAUGCAUUCUACAUGUUGUGGCUUAGAGCCAUAAACGUGUCUCAGCAUUCAAAGAUUAUCACCAUUGAUGAUGCCACAUACGAGGAGACCCGGAAGUUCUGGCACGACAGUUUAUUGGCAAGCACCGUCAGUAAAACACAGAGCCCCGGGCUGCUCAAGAACAAGCUGCCUGACUUCGACGUGGUGUGGGACUUUUUUGGAGGCCGUUUUGCCUACAUUACCGAUUUUGUGGCCGAGUUCAUCAACGCCCAGGGAGAAAUCAACCCCUACAACUCUUCUUCUUUUGUGCAUUCUUACACUCUACUUAACCUAUUCCUAACCCACCAGUCCUUUGACACAUACUCGUCUCUACCUGAGAGCAUAGACUUUACAGUGGACAUGGACCCUGAAGUGCUUCUCUCAGUCUGUGUCCAGAUUCUGAGAAACAAGUACAACUCCGAAGACCCCCAGCGAACUCGAGGCUCAAUUAACUACUUCGACUCAUGUGCUCUCUAUGGUACAGAGCACGUCAAUGCAUUGGUCAAGAGUCGUAUCUUGAACAUCAACUGGACGGAGCCUGUUGGAGAUAGACUCUCUAAUGAGGGUCCCCAAUUGACACCUGAGUGCAUCUACAGACCCCAGCUUCAACCCAUGUCCCGCGUGGUUGAAAAGGCUAUGGAGGUGGUUCUGGCUAGCCCAGCUCUAACUGAAGUUAAGGCCAAGGCCAAGGAACGAUUCCCUGAGAUUGUGGGAGAUUAUAGUGGAUCCAAUAUCUCGACAGAGAUCAGAGCUACGCCCAACCCAUCGAAGUCGUCAGACUUGGACAAGUCUAAGUAA